AUGUCCGUUAUUGAUGCACAAGGUGUGAACCAUGAGCUCAAAGAUCUCGAAUCUGGAGCUCAUGACACGAAGACUUUUUCAGCUAACGUAUACUAUGAGGAUGUAGAAUCGCGCGGAUCCAACGAGUUGGUUGAUGAUAAGCUAGAAUCACAAGGAACACAAGAUUUAGUUGAAACCCAACCGUCUUUCUUUAAUAGAAUUGCUGCUGCUUUGAAUGCCGAGACAAACGGUAUCGAACCAAUCAAGGAGGAAGAGAAAACUGAUAACUCUAUACUUAAUGCUGCUACAAUAUGGUUCUCAGCCAAUAUGGUUAUCGUAGCAUGCUCUGUAGGUGCAUUGGGUCCCUUGAUUUUCGGUCUAAAUUUCGGUCAGAGUGUUCUGGUUAUCAUCUUUUUUAACAUUUUAGGAUUGAUACCUGUUGCAUUUUUCUCUAUUUUUGGUGUAGAAUUGGGGUUAAGGCAAAUGAUUCUUUCUAGAUAUCUGGCUGGUAACUUAACCGCAAGGUUUUUCUCACUUGUCAACAUUAUCUGUUGUAUAGGAUGGUGUGUUUUGAAUAUUGCUGUUUCCGCCCAAUUGCUUAAUAUGGUGAACGAAGGCUCUGGUCAUGUUUGCCCUAUUUGGGCCGGUUGUUUGGUCAUUGCUUGUGGUACUGCGUUUGUAACAUUCUUCGGUUAUGGAGUGGUGCAUGCAUAUGAGAAAUGGUCAUGGAUACCAAAUUUUGCUGCCUUUUUAGUUAUCAUCGCUCAACUCUCGAGAUCAGGGAAGUUUACAACGGGUGAAUGGGUAGGAGGUGCGACUACCGCAGGUAAUGUUUUAUCUUUUGGUUCAUCGGUUUUCGGAUCAGCUGCGGGUUGGGCAACUUAUGCAGCUGAUUACACUGUUUAUAUGCCAAAGAACACGAGCAAGUCCAAAAUUUUCUUUUCUGUGGUUGCUGGUCUAGCAUUCCCCCUGUUUUUCACCAUGAUUCUAGGUGCUGCUUGUGGGAUGGCCGCUGUUAAUGACAAAACCUGGGCGGCAUACUACGAAAAAAAUUCUAUGGGCGGUAUUAUAUAUGCUAUUUUGGUUCCUAAUUCUCUGCACGGAUUCGGUCAAUUUUGUUGUGUUCUUUUAGCACUUUCAACUGUUGCAAAUAAUGUUCCCGGAAUGUAUACUGUUGCUUUAUCCGCCCAGGCUUUGUGGGAACCUUUGGCCAAAAUACCGAGAGUGGUGUGGACACUCGCUGCCAACGCUGCAACGUUAGGUCUUUCCAUUCCAGCCACCUAUUACUUUGAUGGUUUUAUGCAGAACUUCAUGGAUUCCAUCGGUUAUUAUCUGGCUAUUUAUAUUGCCAUCGCAUGUUCAGAGCACUUCUUCUACAGACGUUCGUUCAGUGCUUACAAUAUUGAUGACUGGGAUAAUUGGAACGGUCUACCUAUUGGUAUUGCGGGUAUAUCUGCUUUGGUUGUAGGAGCCUUCGGUGUUGCGUUGGGUAUGUGCCAAACUUAUUGGGUUGGCGAAAUCAGUCGUUUGAUUGGCGAGUAUGGUGGUGAUAUUGGGUUUGAGUUGGCUGGAAGUUGGGCUUUCAUUGUCUACAAUAUUGUAAGACCUUUAGAACUCAAAUACUUUGGUCGCUAG